UCGACCGGCGCACGCCGCGCGCACCACCGGUCUCCGGGCGCGUUAUUUUUCCUGGAGCAAGCCAGCCAGACUGGAUGUGUCGAGAAGUUUCGGCGUUGGCAACUAUACUAACUGGUUGUCGUGGUGGUCGUCGCAGCCGACGACGUUCGACGGCUUCGUCUCCUCGUCGGCGUGCAGACGAGUCAGGAGAGCGUGCCCAAAGCUGCUGUUCUUCUUCUGGGACCGCGUAGUCGUCCAUCCUUGUCGGCUGUCUCGGCAGCAGCGAUCGACUCCUGUGUUUAGGACAUCGAACACGUCGUCGGUCUUGUUGACCACCGAGACGGUGGCAGCAACACCCCGUGUUGCUUCAUACCGGAGAUAGCCAGAGAAGGAUUGGACACACGCACAGAGGUACGACAUACACGCACUGACACGCGCGAUGAAGAGAAAAGUGACUCGUCCAAGGUCCAGGUUACCUGUCUACCUGGAAUUCGGGGAGCGCCGACGGUGGUGUUGGCGGCACUGUCCCUGACUUCGACGUCUCGGAAUUGACGACGACUGUGGUGCGCUCGUUUUUAUUGUUUUUUUUUUUCGCGUGUUCCUGGCUUCGAAAGUGUGCGUGUGUGCUUGUGGUGCCGCUGCCGCGGCUUGUUUCAUUUUGUGCUCGCGUUUGCACCGGAGGAUGAUGCCGCGAACCUCCUCGGCUCCGUCCCGUUGACGUGCCCCCGUUGCUUCACCUUUCGUCUGACAGUUCCUGGUUUCUCUUCGUUUUAUUUUUAUUUCGUUUCUGGCAACCGCUUUGUGACAGCGUCAACCGCUGACAUUCACGACCCAUCGCUGUCGGCUCCAUCCGCACCUUCGCGAAACGGACGGAAGAGGGAAUAGACCUUGCUGGAGUGUCGUACUUCAUGGUUCGGGGAUCUCCAUCGGGCAACGGCGCACCAACGCGGGCACGGAGGCACGGCACGGCGGAAGAUGUGAAACAACGCGUCAUGCCGGGCGCUGCCGCCGCCGCCUCCACGGCGUCUGUGCCGUCCGCGUCGGCGAUGGCCCGCGGCUGCAUGGUGCUGCUCGCACUGGCCAUGGCGGGCCUGCCACCCGCCGCCAUGUCCCUGGGAACGUGGAUCAACAUGGGUCUGCAAGGAAUCGACGUGCUGCAGAACCCGCAGAUGUACGUGCUCGGAGCGCAUCUGCUGUGCGGCCAACUGCAGCUGGGUCUCUCCCGAGGCCAGACCAAGUUGUGCCACCUGUACGAGGACCACAUGCCCCACGUGGGCCGUGGCGCACGGAUGGGCAUCGGCGAGUGCCAGCACCAGUUCAGGCACCGCCGGUGGAACUGCUCCACGGUCGCCGACACCAGCGUGUUCGGACCCGUGCUCAACAUACCGAGCCGGGAGGCGGCGUUCGCGCACGCAGUGGCGGCGGCCGGCGUGGUGCACGCGGUGUCCCGCGCCUGCCGCGACGGGCAGCUGGGCAGCUGCGGCUGCUCGGGCGAGCUGCGGCCCGACAACCUGCACCGCGACUGGAUCUGGGGCGGGUGCGGCGACAACGUGGCCUACGGCUACCGCUUCACCGAGGGAUUCGUCGACGUGCGGGAGCGCGAGCAGAACCACCCGCGCGGGUCGCUGGCCCAGGGCCGGAAGCUCAUGAACCUGCACAACAACGAGGCCGGUCGGAGGGCGGUGAUCCGUAAGAUGCGCCUGACGUGCAAGUGCCACGGCGUGUCCGGGUCGUGCUCGCUAGUGACUUGCUGGAAGCAGCUGGCGCCCUUCCGCGAGGUGGGCGACCACCUCAAGGACAAGUACGACAGCGCCACCGAGGUGAAGCUGAACCGGCGCGGCAAGCUGCAGGUGCGCCAUCGCAAAUUCAACGUGCCCACACUCGAGGACCUCGUGUACCUGCACGAGUCGCCGGACUACUGCGUGUACAACGAGACGCUCGGAUCCCUGGGCACCAUGGGACGGCGAUGCAACAAGACCUCGUCCUUCACAGACGGCUGCGGUCUCAUGUGCUGUGGCCGGGGAUACAACAGCCACAAGCUGAAGCUGCGCGAACGCUGCAAGUGCAAGUUCCACUGGUGCUGCUACGUGGAGUGCAAGACCUGCGUCAGCGUCAUCGACGCGCAGACCUGCAAAUAGCGGGCUGCCUGUGCACCUCUGACAAGAAUGCUGACGCUGGGAGUGAACCAGUGGCGCCCAGCGACUCAAACAUUUCUGUGCGGGGCCAACUCACUUUCACCGAGGGUAGUGAACUGUCACCGAGGGACCGAAGCACUUCUGUAGCGUCAGCAGACACGAGGGUCACAACAAGUUGCAUACAUCUUGUACCUUAUUUUGCUCGCUGUUAACAUGAGUACACCUGGUGGUGCGUGUCUGACCAAAGCGGGUUUACACGUGAAAGUCAUUUUAUAGCUGUAGUGGAGACGUAUCUCUACACGGAAGCGGAAGUUUCGGAGGGAUGCUUCCUUUUAUGGAAGGCCCCAUGCUUUAAGGACACAAGCAGAAGAAUUGCACGUCCUUUGAUCGCUUUCUCCCGCGACAUUGGACGACCCGACGUACACCUGGUGAAUCGACUCAGUUGGUGUUGGCAUCGCUCAGGCGGACAGAUCGGUGGUCAAGCUUGCGAGGUUAAACCAACUAGGAGCAAUACCGCAACCAUCACUACUUUCGCCAGCAAGUGGAAAUUACAAACUCAUGACUCUCGCUACUUAAGGAAGGACGUUUUGGGAGCUGAAGAGAAAAUACGGACAAGCAGUCAUUGUGUCGCUAUGUUUCUGCUGCAGAAGUGAAUAGUGUCAAUGAGGCUGUUUGCUUUUGUGGCAUGUGGCCUUGCGCCAAUGACCGAUAACGUUGGUUUAUCGACGCAGCCAAUCACGAGCUCCUUGAUCGAACCCAGGAAACGUCGCUGCGAAGAUGUCGGAGAAGGCUUCAGCCGCCCGUCGAGUUCGUGAAAUUAUCCCUGUGAAGGAUGUGUCUUUUGUACUGCGACCACUCAAAUUGUCGUGCUAAGACUCACGAGUGAAGCGACGCCAUUGUUUGCCAAGACUUCACCUCUUCUCGCGUCACUAUGACGUGUGUCCUUUUUUUCUCCCGCAGAAUGUUGUCUGCAUGUUUGUCUCAUGAAUGACACCUUCAAAAAGAUUAUUAUUACUAGAAGUUCAGCGCAUCGGUUUUCAUCGUGUUCAUGUGUCGUUCCCGUGAAAAUGUGAUUCUGUUUCUCACUGAUGAAAAAAAAGAAUACGCCCUGAUUCAUCCGAUAUAAUCCUGUAGAUUAUUUAUUGUGUUUUAAACUUGCACUACACGCAUCGUGUAACGUUUGUGCUGCUGUUUGUAUUUUGUAGUUCUGAAGUACUACAGUGUACUUUUUUUCUUGUUUCAUAUGUGCUCUCAGUAAUGUUAAAAUGUUUACUACGGACACAGUACUCCUUGAGAAGUCGUGUUGUUGGGCGAGCUGAUUCAUGAUACCGUCUUUUUGAUUGAUUUGCCUGGAUGAACGCGCCAGUGGUGCAUUAUCACGCCUACUUACACUCUUGAUAGAUUACAAGAACUCGAGAACAGCCGUCGUAUAUACAGCAGUUCAAAGUGUCUGCAAACACUGGACCAAGAUCCCUAUACGGAUGUGCAAGAGUCCAACUAGUCAUGGGACAUGCGUCUCUGACUUGUUUGAAAGGUUUUUAAAAGCGGUAAAGAGGUACUGCGCACGAAUAUUCAUGGCCAGGGGGCAAUGUCGAGGAGUCACUCUUAACGUAAAGUGAAACAAAAAGCGACUUAAUAUUCAAAUUUGUGUUAUCUGCAACAUCUAUGUCGAGACCAAAAAGUCAUUUGGAACUUGCUGAACAUUUUUGAUAGCUAUUUGCCAUGACAGAGAAAAGCUUUGGAAUGCUUGAGUUGGCUUCAAGAAGGAAAUAGUCUAACUUCAUUUAGGAAAUUUCUAGUACGCUGCUCAGCUAGCGAUGUUCACACAUUUGAUUCUACGUCUCCGGGGUAAAGAGCAACCACGCACAGCCAGCAGAAUCAUUUUUCGCUUCUGAGUAGUUAGAGGCAUCCAAGUUGGCCAGCAUUCGGCAACCAGCAUUUGUAGUUUGUGUACAGACAAAAUAUAAAUAUUUUGCAAGAGUGUGAACAGUUUCAUGCUGUUAGGAAGACUAGUGUUACUUCGUGCUUGGCACAAUAACCGUUGACGCCUCCCCCCACUCCAAAAGAAGGAAGAAAAUAAAAAAAAAUCACCAUAGCAGAACUCUUGAAGAACUGCGUAUGUGCUUUUUGAGAAGUGGCCCAGUGCUAGUUAUUCUGUCGCCGACACCGUAGGAAAGCUAGACGGAUAUGUAGUGCAAUCGCACAAUUUUUGACAGUGCAGUCAGCUAAUCAAGCUGGGCUUGAUGUACCUGCAAAUGUAAUUAAGUGCUUACUUCAGGAGAAUCCACAGAAUGCUCUUGGCAAAUCCUCAUUGAUCCCAAACGACACCGAUUCACUAUUGCAGAAUAUACUGAGUCAUCAGACGUGCCAGUCGUUUUCGUUCUGCAGGAAAAAAUGCCAGGCAAUGUUUGAUUGACCGAUUGAUUAAUUUCUUCGUUCAUUCAUUAAUGGGGAUUAACACCCGAAAGAAACACUGGGGCUAUGACAGACCUUGCAGUGAUGGGCUCCCCUUCGGAUUCAUUCCGACUACCUGGGGUUCUUUAACGUGUACGUAAAUGUAAGUACUUGAGUUUAUUAUUUUUAUUGUUUUUUUCAUUUCGCGUCACCGAAGUGCAGUCGCCGCGGACAGGGAACGAACCGGCGACCUCGUGUUCAGCGGCAGAACGACAGCCCGAUGGGUUGAGUUUUUGACGGGCCCGCCAUUGCAACAGGACUGUUGCAAGGCGGCGGGAAUCUUACACCUUUCUUUAGUAUAGGUGGCAUUGACCGUUACACAUUUGGAUAUCGACGAUUUAUGUUCCUUCUAGAAAUAGGUAACCCAAAAAUCGAAACUGACUUCUCAUCUAGAUGCAUUUAUUUUAUAUGAAAACACCCCUUGACCUCCUGUCACUGAAGAUCUUGAUGCCUCAGUUUAGUUGAAUGACCUUUUUCUGGAGUUCGGGGGUGAUGUUUCCACUUGUAGCUGACGUAGCUUUUUCCACCGUCGUGAAGAAAUCCAUUUUAUAUGCUGCCUGUAAGCCUGGAAAGGUGGCGUGGAUCGCCCAUGGUGAAGCGUGGCCUAACGUACAGCGUAUAUCAAAAGUGCGAACACCACCGUCUGUCCGUGUGCGAUCAGAGCCGUAUCUAAGUAACUUGCUGAUUGUUUCAUAGCAAAACUUUUACACAGCGCGUCAAAGCGAUCGACAGAUUGACGAAUCGUAUUCCUCAUACACUGGCCUCCCGGCUAAAUGCCACCAAGGAAGGCAACAAAACGCCAUAAUUAGCCAGAAAUAGCCAAUAUUUUACUAAACAGUGUCCAGUGAAAAAAUAAAACGAUCGCACAAAAAGAGCAGAAAUAAUCAGUCGACUGUGAAUCAAACAAUAAAUAGCUCCUUCAGAAUAGUUAAAAGAACAUUGUUCAAGUUUCACAGUCAAGGUGAACCCAGCAAUGCGGCUAAGAAUUCUCUUAGCAGCUCUUAGAGUCAACUGUAAAGCACAAGAGUGCUUUACAGUUGACAGAAUGACACAGCAAUUCCGUGGCUCAGGCGCACUACUUGAUGUUUUCUUUAGGUAAGUUUUGAUGGUAUUUUCAACGACUGCGAUACCUCAUUCCUCCGAUACCUCCGUGGUGGCAGAAGCGUGUGCGAACCUAACAUUCACCAAGAGUUUUGUACCAAGAGGCCUCAGGAAUAACCUUCUUUCCGCAAUGUCAAGUCAAACCUCGAAACUCCGGUGAGAACUUUCACAACAGUAGCAGAAUACAAGGGAGUUAUAGGACCUAUAGCUCUGGUCACACGUGGGGUAUCCGAUACACUUUUGAUGAAUGCUGUACCAAUUUCGGAUGCAAGAUCUUCGCGAUGAAAUUACGAGCGCACGAAAUGUUCAACUUGGUGACGAAUGUGCGACACUUUUACAUGCAGAUGACUAUAAAUGUAAAGCCUGUUUCUCAGAGCUCGGAAGGGCAAUUCUGUGCACUUUUCUCACCGUGAACUUUCUGCCAAUCGUUCCCACUCAUAACGCUUUAUUUUGUUUCAAUUUUAUGUACAUUUCUUACGCAACGCAUAGCACCGUAUUGUAUUUUGUAAAUAAAGUUCAUGUGGAUAUGUA